CUCGAUUGUAACAUCACGUCCUUCUUUAUCUAUCUCCGACAUACCUCCCGAGAACAAGAAAGAAAAAAACUACCCGUGCCCCUCCGCGGUGACUAAAAAAAAAUAAAACAACCCACUCGUUGACGGUGCCCUUCUUACGAGUACGUAUUAAAAGUCAAUGACUUUCGCCGCAUCCGCCUUUGCUCCGACUUUAUUCUCACGAUUUCUCCGUCCCUUCUCGACUAGUUCACCUUUCCUCUCUUUGACCGCAGAAUCUCGUUCGCGCAUCAUGUCCGACGCCACGCAGAGGGCCACCUUGGCCGCCGGUUGCUUCUGGGGCGUGGAGCACCUGUUUCGCAAGAACUUCGGUAACGGAAAGGGCCUCUUGGAUGCCAAAGUAGGCUAUUGCGGUGGAAACACGGCGUCGCCUUCGUAUCGCGCCGUGUGCACCGGCGACACGGGUCAUGCCGAGGCCCUUGAUAUCACCUUCGAUCCCUCCGUCGUUACCUACCGGUCGCUUCUCGAAUUCUUCUACCGCAUGCACGACGCCACGACCAUGAACCGCCAGGGCCCCGACGUCGGCACGCAAUACCGCAGCGUCAUCUUCACGCACAACGACGAACAGGAGAAGAUCGCCCAGGAUGUGACGGAGAAGGUGAGCCAGGAGUGGUACAAGCAGCCCGUUUCCACUCAGGUGGUGCCGGCGGCGCAAUGGUGGGACGCGGAGGAGUACCACCAGCUCUACCUGAACAAGAACCCGGCAGGAUAUGAAUGCCCUGCUCACUUCGUGAGAAACUUCCCUCCGCUGUCUUGACUCGGGGCGAAAAUAUGAGAUAUGAGAGAUAAAAGGAAAUCUGUUUUAAUGAUCAGCGUCAUGCGCUUGGGGUGGUGAUUUGAUAGCUUUUUGCCAACAGUCUGGUCCGGGGACAUGGAUUGACUGGGUUGUAUGUACGCUGGGGAGGGAACUGGGAGUCUGUAUAUUCGAACGCCAAAUCUACAAAUAUUGUUACAUUCAC